AGGAUUUGCCCCCUCUCCGCAGCCCGUAGUUCGUAUCUCGGCGGCAAAAUUCACCGAGCCUGGUGACUGCUGAGGACAGAGGCGUCUGUCAUGGCGGAGGAUGCGGAGCUGAGACUCCAGCGCAUUCAGCGUUUGAAGGCAGCCGUUCACUACACAGUGGGAUGUCUCUGUCAGGAGGUGGCAGAAGACAAGGAAAUCCAGUUCAGCAAACAAGCCAUCGCUGCAAUUUCUGAGACCACCUUCCGGCAGUGUGAAACAUUUGCAAAAGACCUUGAGAUGUUUGCGCGGCAUGGAAAAAGAUCCACAAUCAAUGUGGACGACGUGAAACUUCUUUCUCGGCGGAGUCGAUCGCUGCAUGCGCACAUCAGCUCAUACAGUGAAGAGGUGGCUUCCAACAACCAGGAGCAGAAAGAGAAGAAGAGGAAGAAGAAAUCAGUGGUGGCUGGGAAGGGAAAGAGGCAAUCGGAUGGCGAUUCUGCAAUGCCGGACACAGAGGAGCCGGCCAUGGAGUGAAGCAGUCGCAUCAUUUAGAUAUUUUAUUUUUUCUAAUACUCGGAACGUCCCCAGUGACAGGUCUGAACGCACUGUGUACCCUGUGUAAAUAUAAAGUAUAGUAACUGGUAAUUAUUAUA